UCGCUCGCGCCCGCGCCCGCCCGCUGCAGCCCGGGACCCCGCGCCCGCCCGCCCGCCGCGCCCUCGCUCGCCAGCCCGGGCCGCAGGGCCGCGAGUGCGGGCUCCGCCAUGCGGGCUGAGCUCUGGCUCCUGGCGCUGCUGCUCCGGGGGGCGGCCCGGGCGCUGAGCCCCCAGCCCCGCGCAGGUCAGGAUGCAGCCCAAGGCCCUGGAUGGACUGCCACGGGGACCACGGGGGUCUGGAGCCGGAGAGCCCGCGAGAUCCCUGGGCAGGACUCGGAGCCAGACAGGACCCAGCUGACCAUGGAUCUGGAAGGAAGCACCCUGGCCAUCGAUACUCUGCCGGACAACGAGACCAGGGUGGUGGAAGACAACCACAACUACUACGUGUCCCGUCUCUACGGCCCCAGGGAGCCCCGCAGCCGGGAGCUGUGGGUGGACAUGGCCGCGGCCAACCGGAGCCAUGUGAAGAUUCACAGAAUCCUCUCGAACUCUCACUGGCAGGCCUCGAGAGUGGUCUUGUCCUUUGAUUUCCCCUUCUAUGGGCACCCUCUGAGGCAGAUCACCAUAGCAACCGGAGGCUUCAUCUUCAUGGGGGACAUCAUCCACCGGAUGCUCACGGCCACUCAGUACGUGGCCCCUCUGAUGGCCAAUUUCAACCCCGGCUACUCAGACAACUCCACGGUCGCCUACUUUGACAACGGAACUGUCUUUAUCGUCCAGUGGGACCACGUGUACCUCCAUGGCCGGGAGGACAGGGGCAGCUUCACCUUCCAGGCAGCCCUGCACCGGGACGGCCGCAUUGUGUUCGGCUACAAAGAGAUCCCUAUGUCUGUCCUGGAGAUCAGCUCGUCCCAGCACCCGGUCAAGACAGGCCUCUCAGACGCCUUCAUGCUUCUCAACCCUGCCCCUGGCGUGCCAGAGUCUCGGCGGAGAACCAUCUUUGAGUAUCACCGUGUGGAGCUGGACCCCAGCAAGGUGACCAGCAUAUCGGCUGUGGAGUUCACCCCGUUGCCGACCUGUUUGCAGCAUCGGAGCUGUGACGCCUGCCUGUCCUCCGACCUCACCUUCAACUGCAGCUGGUGCCACGUCCUGCAAAGGUGCUCCAGUGGCUUUGACCGCUACCGCCAGGAGUGGCUGGCCUACAGCUGUGCCCAGGAGGCCGAGGGCAGGACGUGUGAGGACUUCCAGGACGAGGACCAUUACUCGUCCUCCCCCGACAGCUCCCUCAGCCCCUCAGACAGAGACCUCAGCACCACCUCCUCCUCUCUCUCCAUGGACAGCCUCACCACCGAAGAUGACACCAAGUUGAAUCCCUAUGCAGGGGGAGAUGGCCUCCAGAACAACCUGGCCCCCAAAACCGAGGGUGCCCCUGUGCACCUGGGCAUCAUCGUGGGCAUCCUGCUGGCAGUGCUCCUCGUGGCAGCCCUCAUCCUGGUGGGGAUCUACAUCAACAGCCACCCCACCUCCAACGCCGCGCUCUUCUUCAUCGAGCGGAGACCCCACCACUGGCCGGCCAUGAAGUUCCGCAAUCACCCCAACCUCUCCACCUACACGGAGGUCGAGCCCGUGGGCCACGAGAAGGAGGGGUUCGUGGAGGCCGAGCAGUGCUGAGUGUCGGGCUCCCCACAGAGGGAAGGAAGGAAGGAAGGAAGACCCGGGACCUCCCCCUCCCCCCCGAAAGAGAUAAGUCCACGCAUAGCAGCCCCUGAGUGACCUGGCUGGAGAGCUGUGUGGAGCCAGAGCUGCAGCGGGCCUGACCAGGGUUAGGAAGAGCAGUUCAAUCUCAUCCUGCUAGGAGGCCCGGGCGCCCCCCUUCAGGGUCUCUCACAAGCGAGUCUGUGGUUGCCCGGUGCCUCCUCCUGCCCGGCACUCUCCGGAGCCUGAAAAACCCCAGCCUGUGACCCUUGGGAACGGACGGCCAGCUUGGGGCUGCUGCUUCCCAAGCUCCCCAGAAGUGUCCUCACGGCCGGUGAUGGGUGUGUUCACCGCAGCUGCUGGAGAGGGACCCGCUCCGUGUGCUGACAGCGUGUCCCAGAGCAGGAGAGAAGGGCCCAGGAACUGCAGCUCUUGGCGUGGCCCCUCAGCAUGGCUCCUGCUGAGAACCAGAACUAGUGCAUCGACUAACUGCGCACAUAGGCACUUCCUGGCUUCCUGGAGAGCUGGGCGGCACACAACCUAUCCUGGUGUACAACCCACCCGGUGCACAGCCUGUCCUGGUGUACGAAGCGCCGGGUGUACAGCCCAUCCCGGGGUACAACCUACCCAAUGUACAGACCAUCCUGGUGUACACUGCACCUGGUGUACAGAUUGUCCUGGUGUACAACCUACAUGGUGUACAGCCUGCCCCAUUGUAUAGCCUGUCCCAGCAUACAGCCUGUCCCAUUGUAUAGCCUGUACUGGUGUACAUCCUGUACUGGUGAACAGCCCCUCCUGGUGGACAGCCUGUCCUGGUGUACAGCCUGUCCUGAUGUACACACCUGUCCUAGUGUACAGCCUGUCCUGGCGUACAGCCUGUCCUGGAGUACAGCCUGUCCUGGUGUACAGCCUGUCCUGGUGUACAGCCUGUCCUGAUGUACACACCUGUCCUAGUGUACAGCCUAUCCUGGCGUACAGCCUGUCCGGGAGUACAGUCUGUCCUGGUGUACAGCCUGUCCUGGUGUAUAGCCUGUCCUGAUGUACACACCUGUCCUGGUGUACAGCCUGACCUGGAGUACAGCCUGUCCUGGCAUACAGCCUGUCCUGGUGUACAGCCUGUCCUGGUGUACAGCCUGUCCCGGAGUACAGCCUGUCCUGGCAUACAGCCUAUCCUGGCGUACAGCCUGUCCGGGAGUACAGUCUGUCCUGGUGUACAGCCUGUCCUGGAGUACAGCCUGUCCUGGAGUACAGCCUGUCCUGAUGUACAUGCUUGUCCUGGCACCCACAAGUUCCUUCAUGCCCAGGUCCCCAUUUUCUCACUGAUCUCACCUGCUGCCAGGUCUGUGUCCCCCUCUGAGCUGUGUCUGGAGACCCUCUCGAGACAGGGUAGCCAGAGCCCAUCUCUCAGCAUUUUUAGCAGGGCUGGUGGGCAAGCGGAAGCGGGCGUAGGAAGGAGUGACGUCCUAUGGAAAAGCUUAGCUGGGCUCCGGGCUUCUGUCCCCCCAGCUCCUGUCUCCUCGCUUCCAUCUCCCCCACUCUCCCAGAAGCUUGUGGGGUGGGUGAGGAGAGGUUUAGCUCCUGAUCUUAGCCUGGCUUGAAGAAAGCCUGCCCCCCAGAGCACCACAGAGUGGGAGCUGCAUCUGAAGAUGAUCUAAAAUGAACAUUCCUGUAACUCCCACGCCUUCAAAGACACAGCAGCAGCAAAUAAACAGUGGGUCCGGCUUUGCUCCGUCCUGUCCCGGCAGCAGCAGAAGGCCCAGUGAUUGUUUUGCAGCAUCAGGGAUGGAACCCGCGCUGGGCACGGGCUCUACCUCGGAGCCGCGUCCCUGGCCCCGGAAGUUAGUGCUUGGCCCCCAAAUGCAGGGGUGGGGGCUGCAGAGCCAGGACCCAUCCCUACACUGGAGCUGCAUUCUCCAGCCACUUGGGGAUUUUCCUGGGGGAAGGACAGCCUGACCACCAGAGCUGGUCAUAAGCUGGACCUGCAGAGGCCUCCUGAACCAGGCCAGGAAGGUCUGUGGGGAGGGUCAGAAUUUGAAACUGCAGCCGAGCAGCUGGGAGCAUUCAGGUUUCCGGAGGCCGGAAGGGCGGGGCGGCCGUUUGCCCUGCUCACCAGAGAGCAGCAGUGGCGCGGCCUCCCCGGCCCAGCUGGCCUGCCCGCAGGACAGGGCUUUUGUGUUCUUGCCAGAUCAGCAGAGCAGCUCGACCUUGUGUCACAGACGGCCAGUAGGUCUGUUCCCCCGGGAGCCAGUCUCCCUCGACCCUCUGAACUCCAAUAUGCAUCUUCCCUCGGGGAGGGCUGCCUCCCCCCCCCCCACUGCCAACCCCUUUCUGGAUUCCUGAAGGACGUACCCAGGCAGUGAGCUCUAGGGGGCAGGAAAGUUUGGGAGGGCCUUGGCCCGCUGGGUUCACCGGUGCUGAGGGAAGGGGGUGGCCUGCUGCGCUUACAGCAGAAUGAAUACGGGGUGUUGCUAAGAUAGGGCCCCUGGAUGGUGAGAGUGUCUGGAUUUCUCGGGUCCGCACACUCCCACAACUCUCCCAGGCCCGUCACCUUGCUGGACCACUGCCAGGUUCAUCUGCACAGUUGUCGCCUCAUCUCUGGAGAGAAGCACCACUUCUUUAGAGCAGGUUCGAGAACUGGAAGGAGAUGGGGCUGCACUGGGCUCCAUCAGCCACCUUGGGCAUGUGUCCAACCUCCCCCCCACACACACCGCCCCCGGCCACUGGGCCCUUCGGGCAUGCACAAUCUCCUAGGGAAGCAGCUAGGAUGCUCUGGGGAUGAAGGGGGUCUUUGGACCAGCCACAGUGACCCCACUGCGGGAUAGGCAGGGGCGGUGCAGACAAGCACGUGCCUGUGUCAGCCUCAGCCUAGACUUGCAUUGUGCCCAAGUCUCAGCACGGCCGGUUCAUGCUGCAGCUCUUACGAGAAGCUUUGAGAAAAGGGGACUGGAAGUAGGGGAGUAGCGGCAGAGCGCAUGGGGAUCCCUGGGUCAGGCUCGGAGCAGUUUCCUCCUCCUUUCACUGGCAGCUCUGACCGUUGACCCGCUAGGACCACUUCCCGAGUGCGAACAAGCCCAGCCAUCACCACCGGCACCCAGGAAGCUGGAGGAAGAGCUCCCAUGGUUCCCCAGCCUCUCACUGGCCACCCCCCUGCCCCGAAUCAUCAGGGCCACUCACCCAUUCCUGUGGACACCUAAGUGGGAGGCCCCUUCUUCAGAGCUGGACCUGAGAUUGAAAACGUUCUUCUGUCCCUUUCAGAGGUUCCUGGCAGGACCGUAGAAACAGUCAUUGUGUUUCCUGUGUUGGAGCUGGACUCCUUGUGUGAGUGUGUGUGUACGGAGGUAAAUGUACACACACACAAUAGAGGUUCUGCGUAUGCACACACACAUAAGUGCACAUAUAUGGAUAUGCGCAACAGUUAGAUGCAUGCA